UAUAUUUUUUUCCCCAACAUUCAAGCUGUCACAUGAUUUUCACCUGACUGACAUUUUUUCUUCUUCCGAAUAAAAAAGUUAAUUUUCCAACGGGAAGAGUGUGAUUAAUAAAUUUAAUUUAUUUGCUUUUUUUCGCAAUCUGUUGGAGUAUCUAUUAAUCCAUUCAAAAUGAAAAUCUGUGGUCCAAAAUUGUCCCUUUGCGGUCUUAUUAUUUCUGUGUGGGGAAUCAUUCAAUUGACACUGAUGGGAUUGUUCUUCUACAUUCAUAGUGUGGCUCUAAUCGAAGAUUUGCCCUUGGAGGAAAAGUAUGAUAACAUCGAUGACUUCUACUCGGCUGCAAAUGCUGCCUACAAUCAGAACGCCUACAACUGUUGGAUUGCAGCUUGCAUCUACGUGCUGACGUUGCUAUUGUCCGCCCAACAAUUCUACGCGAACAGUCGAGUGACUGCCAACUAAGCGAAGCGAAGGCGGAAAACAUCAAAAAUGCCCUUAUUUUUGCUUAAAUUAAUUUAAUUUUUGUUUUUUUCUUUUUUUUUAUUCGUUCCUCUCUUUGAUUGUCGAUGCUUUCAUUCGUAUGUGUUAUACCCUCUUAAUUCAUAAGAAAAAAAUAAUUUGCAAAAUAUCAAACUGAAAAUAUAUGUAUAUUAAAUAAAUAAGAAAUAAUUGUU